AACAUUUGUUUGGCAACACUGUCAACUCCAUGUCUGAGUUUAGCAAAGUGAAAUCGGCGAAAAAAAUCAUUGUUCAUUGCUCACACGAAAAUACAGUAGCCUAUAGUUAAGAAGAUUAUUUUCAUAAAAAGCGCAACCAGAAAAGUCUUUAAAACAAACAACUCAUUUAAAUAUCAAGCUUAAACUGUAUAAAUCAGAGAAACCUUAUCAACUGCCCCAAAUGUCCGCAAAUACAGCAUCCACAUCGAAUCCGACGAGAUCGUCUAACACAAUGACGAUGACUUCGCAUCUCUUAAACUCAGCCAGCACUAGUACGCCCAGCAGACCGGCAGUACGUGCACUAGCGCUUGAAUACAAAUCACUGCAAGAAGAACCGGUUGAAGGUUUCCGUGUUAAGUUGCUUAAUGAAGAUAAUCUCUUUGAAUGGGAGGUGGCAAUAUUUGGACCGCCCGAUACACUCUAUCAGGGUGGAUAUUUCAAAGCGCACAUGAAAUUCCCACAAGAUUACCCAUAUUCACCGCCAUCUAUACGCUUCCUGACAAAAGUUUGGCAUCCAAAUGUAUAUGAAAAUGGUGAUCUUUGUAUUUCCAUAUUACAUCCACCGGUAGAUGAUCCACAAAGCGGUGAACUGCCUUGUGAACGAUGGAAUCCAACACAAAAUGUGCGCACCAUAUUGCUGUCAGUCAUAUCGCUGCUGAAUGAGCCGAACACAUACUCACCAGCUAAUGUUGAUGCAUCCGUUAUGUAUCGGAGGUGGCGUGAUUCGCAGGGCAAGGAUAAUGAGUAUCCAAGCAUUAUACGUAAACAGGCUCAGGCUGCAAAUGCGGAUGCGAUUAAAGAGGGUAUUGUUGUGCCGAUGACACUUGAGGAUUAUUGCCUUAAGCCAGCACGUAAAACGUCUACAGAACCUACGCUAGACACAAAUUUCUAUGACGAUGAUUAUGAUUUGGAAACCGAAGAUGAUUUACCAACCGACGAUGAUGAUGAGGACGAUGACUAUGAUCUUGAUGAAGACAACAACACAAACACGAAACGUAAAGAUAAUGGCACCGCGGAUGAAUCGGCUGAUGACAGUGGUAAAGGUGAGACAUCGUAAUCUCACAUUCAAGCGUAUGAUGUUUUUUUUUUUUGGUUUGCUGCGGCGUGUGAGUUCAAGUUAGAGAAGGGGAAAUAAAAAAAAAAAACAAAAUUGUGUGAGAUUUUCAAAGAGGUCGCUAGAAAAAUUUCUAUGCAGCGCAUAUGUGGCAACAAAAUUCAGGAACAAUUUAGCACUUAUGUAGUGUAUAUAUUAUAUAUAAUAAAAAGAAAAAAAUGACAAAUGAACAAAUGAAAAAAAAAACAUGAAAAAGAAAAGCACACUUAUCCUUUUGCUAAACAUAAAAAUCCAAAAUGAAAUGAAAAAUAUUUGACUUUUCGAAAAAGCAAUAAUGCAAAUUUACCGUAAUAAUUUUUUUGUAAAUGGAAAUGAUAAAUAAACCGACAUGCAUACAUAUAAAUACAAUAAAUAAUAAAUGCAGAGAAGUGUGCAAAUUAGUUUAGCAACAAUUAAGUGUUUUUUUCUAAACAAAAAAGAAAGUAACAAUAAAAAUAUUAAGCAAAAACAGAAAUAAAUAACAAAAGCAUACAUGUAAAGCGUAAUUAACAAAGAUUAAAGCCAAAUAAGUGAAAUUAAAUGACAGAACAAAUAGCAACAGAAUGCCAUAAACGUAGCGCUAUACAUAUAUAACAACUAAAAAAACUUUAAUUGUAUAAUGCAAAACCCAACAACCAACGCUUUGAAUACUACAUUACAAAACUGUGCGUCAAUUGUCGUGAAUAGUUUAUGUUAAAUUGAAAUUUAUUACCACCUUUAACAAGCGUUAGUUUACACUAGUUUAACACGCUGCUUUCAACACGCACCGCCAAAUGACAAGCUGGUUAAUCCUCACCAGCACGUUUACAUUUAAUACAAUUAUAUGCAUAAUUUGAAACGGAACUAUACAAUUAACUGUUGUUUGUAACAGCACUACAAUUAACUGUUACACACAUGAGACACAGUUACAAAUUUAAUUAAAUUUUAAAAUCUUUAAUUUCCACAGAAUACAUACGCGUAUGUGUUAUGUUUAUGCAAUUUAGUUUUGAAAACAUUUGAUUUUUUGUUUCGUAUAAUACUGCUUGUAUACACGUAUUUUUACUUAGUUUAAUUUCAACACAGCAAUACAUACUGUAGCUUGUUUUUAAGUAUGUUUUUUAAAUACACAUUUAUUUUGGUAUUCAUCAUAUAUACAUACAUAUAUGCACAUGUACUACAUAUUUUGUUCUAGCGCUAUUAUAUUUUUAUACAUACUCAUAUGCGUACAUACGUAAUAAUUUAAAAAAAAAAAAUGUUUUAUGUCGUUUAAGAUUUCGAUUUUCUGCAUAUUAGAAAAUAGUAAUGCUGGUGUUUUAAUGUACCAACGAAUUAUUUAUUAAUUAAUUAAUUUCGUCUAUAUGUAUGUAUGUAAAUUUUCUAUGUACUAUGUAUUCAUCAUGCGAAUAACGGUUUUAAUAUGUAUACACUAUAUACGAAAAAUAAAUGAAAAAAACAACAUUGGAGACAUUUUUUGAAAAUUAAAAGCAAGAAAUUAAAAUAUUAAAAGCAAGAAAUUCAAAAAAAAAAAAUAUAUAUAUUUAAAAAAAAAACAAAAAUAAAUUUAAAAAAGCAAAAAUUAAUUAAAAAGUGAAAGUGAAAAUUGGCUCAAAUUAAUAUAAAUUAGUUUCUAUAAAUUGAAAAAAAAAUUGGCGAAUUUAAAGUUUAUUGUCUUUAAUAAAAAAAACUAAAACUGAAAAACAUACCGUUAGUUUAAGUUAAAUUUGUAGAUUCUCCGAAAUCACUAAAAAUAUGUAAGUAAAUAUGCUUUACAAUGCAACGCUAAAACAGCAACGAUUGAGGUUAUGUUAUAUAUAAAACACAAUAAUUAUUAAAAAUUCAAACUCACAUUAAUUUGCUAUUAUUUUUUAACACUACUUUUCCACUACUAAAUUUAACGCAACAUAAAAUACUUUGCAAUCAAGUAAGUGUAAAACUUAAGUAAUGUAACAUACACUAAAUAACAAAUAUAACUAGAAUAAGCAGCAGUAAUUUUCUUAAACUUAAACUGAAAAAUUCACAAAACCAACAAUGCUGCAACUUACUAUUGUGUACUAUAAAAUGAUUUUCAAUUUAGCACGCAAAAAUCGUUGCAUUGCAAAGAUAACAUAUUUCAAAAGCAAAUGUGACAUUGAAAAUAAUAUACAUACAUAUAAAUAUACACUAUAUAAAAUAAACUAUAUCUACUUUUAAUUUAUGCCAACAUAUGUAUUGUCAAUACAUAUACAGACUUUUCCUCAAACCAUACCGAACAUUUUAUAACUUAACUUCACAUUAGAAUUCCACUUCAUAUAAAAAAAAAAAACAAAAAUAUAUAAAAUUUAAAAGAAAACUAAAAUCUAAUAUGAACUAUGUAGUAACUAUAAUUUGUAACAAUUCAAACUAAGUAAACGUCAAAGCUCAGUUAGAGAGAGAUUGCAAUGAUGGACAUACAUACAUAAGUAUACUACUAUAUAAAAAAUAAAAAUAUGUACGCUCUAAAAAAAA